UCAUCACGUCCAAUCAAAAUAUUUAUAUUGUUUUAUAUGUAAAAUGAAGAUCCUAUAGUUAUUUAUACAGUAAUAAAAUUGUUAAAUAUUAUAAUAGACUAAAACAGCCAAACCAGCUCUUAAAAAUAUUCCCAUCUACCACUCUAUAGGAUUACUGUGUUUGUUGUCUCCCUUUUCGCAUGUUUUAGCAUUUUGCAUGGACAAAUGCUUGGUUUAUUGUUAUUAUCAAAUCAACACAUAGACGAUCAAAGAUCACCAUCCAUAAUCUUGUGUUCUCUGUAUAAAUGUAAUAUUACUCUGCUCCUUUGAGUGUUAUGACAGAUGAAAGUACACAAAAACUGGAAGGGAAAGAAACCAGUGGAAAAUAUUGAAAGUUCAAUAUCCAGGACGAUCAUUUCUCUUACUCUGCCAUGUCUACCGAGUGUCAUUAUACGGUCUUGUUUAUGUUAUGAGUUAGACCAUUAUGUGCUGACCCAAUGAUAUCCCAAACCUGAAGAUAUUAAUGCCAACUUGAUAAGAAUAGGAUAACAUGGAUCAUACUUAUAGUGUUAAAUCAGUGCAGAUAUCUCCAAACGAGUGGACAUCUGAAGGUUUUCACCAACUAGACCAGAUCAUUGUAGACUUCAUGCAACAACAGGACAUCACUGGUGGGUCUCUUGCAAUCUGUUUCCAUGGAAAGCUCAUAUACACACAAGGAUAUGGUGUAGCUAAUUCUGGACUAAAAGCACUGUCAACAUCAUUAUUUAGACUAGCAAGUAUUAGCAAGACCAUCACGGCAGUGGGGAUUCUAAAGUUAGUAGAAGAUGGGAAAUUGAAACUGGACCAGAAGAUCUUUGGUCAGAAUGGUAUUUUGAAAAAAUAUAAACCUUCUGGUAAAGGUGAUAAAAAACUGUUGAAAAUAACUGUGAGACACUUACUACAGCAUUCUGGUGGAUGGGACAGGGACCAAGUUGGAGAUGCUGUGUUUUGGAAGUUGCCUAAGAAAAAGAGGGUGGAUCCAUAUAGUGACGAAGCACUCAUUAAAUAUAUGUUGUCAUGGAAAUUACAAUUUACACCUGGUAAAAGACAUGCAUAUUCCAAUCUUGGAUACUUGAUCCUUGGUAAAGUGAUGGAAGCAGUGACUGGCAUGCCAUACAUAAACUAUAUCCAAGAAAUUUGUAGAUCAUUCAAUGUACUACCAGGAUAUGCUAAACAGAUUGAUUCUUAUCCUUUGGAGGUAAAAUAUUUUAACAACCGUGAGAAUAUAUUGGAGCCAUCUGUGUUUGAAGAAGAAGGGUCUGUGCCAGCUCAGUAUGGUGGAUUCAAGAUGGAAGGAACCGAAUCCUAUGGUGGUUUAGUUAUGUCUGUUGUAGAACUAUUGGCGCUAUUUAAUCAAAUUAACAGUGGAGAUAGACCAUUAGUAGCAGAAGAAUGUUUCAGACUUAUGAUUGAAAGGCCAAGUUAUGAAUUGGGAGACCAGUGGUAUGGGUUAGGACUUGAUGUUCAAAAUAAUGGACUAAGUUGGGGUCAUACAGGAGCCAUGGAAGGAACAUCAACAACUGUUCAUUGUCAUAAAUCUGGACUAAGCUGGGCCUUGUUUUUCAACACUUGGGCCAAAGACAUGGACCUAGAUGGACUUAUGAAGUAUGGGCUGUCCAAAAUUUUACAUCUACCACUAUGGACCAAGUCUCUUUCAAAUAAUGAAUAUGUUGUUCAUUCAGAGGAGCAAAUUGUUUAUUUAUUGUUACCUUUGUAUAACUUACAGAGUUAUGUAAAGUCUUUCACAGGUUAUUACUUGUCACAGGUGGACAUUACUGAAUAUAAAGAUUCACUGUGUGUGAACGCUAUCUGGAAAAAAUCAACGAGCAGGCAUCUAGUUUUUAUCAACAAAAAUAUAGGAAAUAUUCAUGAUUUGGUUCAAGACUGUAAUUUAUGUAAUGCAUAUGUUUAUAUGUUGGAGUCGUAUUGUUAUGAAAAUGACAUUUAUUAUAUCAUUGGAUUAAGAGAAAGUUAUAAAGAGGUACAGCAAGAGAUUUGUGUAAACUUAAAUGCUGCCAAACAUCUUAUUAGAAUGAAAAAAAUGAAAAAUAGUGGCUUUACAAUGAGAGCCCAAUCAGUUGCAGGAAAACUUGAUAAUUUAUUUGUUUCAUCUGUAUUUGACAAAGAAAACAAAUUAAAUUUUGUAUCCUGGUUGCAGAUAACUAUGGAAAACUUUGUUUUUGAACUUGGAAAAAAUUCUAGAAAAAACUUAGCUCCUGUGUAUGUUAACUGUUUUUCUAUUGGUGGAGAACCAUUUGUUUCAGCCAUCUGGAUUCCAGGAGAGAAAAAGCAAUAUUUACAAAGACAUGAUGUAUCCAUAUAUGGAUUUUUAUAUGAGCUACAAGAAAGUGUUAAAAAUCAGGUGUCUUUAGAAAAAAUAUGCAGUUAUUAUAAUGAUGGAGUUCUUAAUUUUCUUGCAGUUUGGUCACAAUAAAAUUUAAAACAAUUG